UUACAUUUGUGGCUCACAUGAAGCAGAGAAAGAAGAUUCAGCACAAGUGGUGAUGAUGUCUCCAAAACAAAGAAUGAAUGACAAAAAUGAAAUGAACUAAACUAGUUUAGCCAAUGGCUUCAACUCUCCUCACUCCUCUUCUCAAUCUCCCAACUUCAUCUUCUCAUUCUUCUACAACAACUUCCUACUUGACAUUUACUAAUAACAUUAGUAAUCAUCAUCCUGAGCCAGUUUUCAGCACAUGCUAUGGUUUCUGCAGGACAAAACCUUCACAAAAAAACAGGAGACUAAUCAGUGUCAAAGCUUCUGACAAUAAAGAAAAAGCAGCAGAGGAAGAGUCCGCUCCAGCGUUUAAUCCUUUUGGCUUUGUCACUGAUAAUGCUUCCAGCAGGACUGCCAUUCAGCUCCCUGAAGUCCCUGCUGAGGAUGGCAACGUCGGCCAAGUUCUUUAUAGGACCGAAGACAAAGGGAGGGAAUAUGGUUCCUAUAUUAAAGCAGGAGAGUUUAGAUGGUUUGUGAGAGAAACAGGCUCAGCUAGAAGUGAUCGUGGUACGGUUAUUUUUAUACAUGGCGCUCCAACACAGUCCUACAGCUAUCGAGUUGUAAUGUCUCAAAUGGCUGAUGCUGGCUUUCGCUGCUAUGCACCUGAUUGGUUAGGGUUUGGUUUCAGUGAGAAGCCGCUGCCAAAAUACGAUUUCGACUACACUGAGAUAGAGUUCCACAAGGAACUUGAUAAAUUACUGGAUGCGCUUGAAGUUAAUGCACCUUUUUACCUAGUAGUUCAGGGGUUUCUGGUGGGUUCAUUUGGAUUAACUUGGGCAUUAAAAAAUCCAGCUAGAAUAUUGAAGCUUGCAAUUAUGAACAGUCCAUUGACAGCAUCCUCUCCCAUUCCUGGACUAUUUCAACAGCUCAGAAUUCCACUCCUUGGUGAAUUUACCUGCCAAAAUGCUGUAAUGGCUGAGCGCUUUAUUGAAGCAGGUAGCGCCUAUGUCCUAAAGCUGGAGAAGGCUGAUGUUUAUCGGUUACCAUAUUUGUCAAGCAGCGGGCCUGGUUUUGCUUUGCUUGAAGCAACAAAAAAAACCAACUUCAGAGAUGUCUCAAGUCAAAUAGCAGAUGGCUUUGCAUCAGGAAGGUGGGACAAACCAAUCUUACUUGCUUGGGGGAUUUCAGACAAGUAUCUUCCUCAGUCUGUGGCAGAAGAGUUUCAAAAAGUAAAUCCUGCUCUUAUUCAGCUAAAACUGAUUGAAGGUGCUGGCCACAUGCCUCAAGAGGACUGGCCUGAGAAAGUCGUUGAUGCUCUAAAAUAUUUCUUCUGAUCCCGUUCAUGAAGUGUGUUCAUGCAACCAUACAGUUAUUGCAUGGCUUGUACAAAUGAAGGAAGAAAUUAUCAAAAAUAUAAUUAUUCCGGAAUGAAUCCAUCAUUUUGUUCCUUGUAUUGCGUGAUUAUACAUUAAGUUCAUACAUGACCAAAUCGAGGUAAUUAUCUCAACAAUAGUUAGCUCCAAUGGGAACUAUUAUCUACCUUGAUAAGUUGUUGGGAUGCUUUUUAGUGUUCAACAUAAGAAUGAAGUAGGCCUUGUAAAGUUGUUACAAGUAAACAUUUGAGAUU